AUGCUGAAGAAGAAAAGUCUUGAAUUUACAUGAAUUUGUGAUCUGUUUGUAAAGAAAAUUGUGACAGGGGUUGCCAAAAUUCAAUAUUUGACAAUAAAGAAUUAAAUAAACUAUUAUAGUUUUAACUGUAGUUUAGUUUCUGGAACAAUCUAAUGGACAUAGAAAAAAUUGAUACUGAAACUAGUUUAAGGUUAAUGGAAAUUUCAGAAAGUUUGGCAAAAUUAAGCAAAGAUAUCAAUGAGACAUCCACAUUGAAAGAUAAUUGCCAUAGAAUUCCAUUUAGUGAAUCAAAUUUGAACAAAGGAACUGAAUCCUCAACCAGUUAUUUAAAUGAUGCAAGUUCAGUGUCGCUUGAUAAUAAUUCUACGUUAAGGAAGUCAAAAGUGUCAUUUUGUGAUUCUCAAAAUCUGUCAAAUAAAGUGUCCUCUUUAGAAAACAGCUUUGCCUCGAAAAGUUCAAUACUUAGAAAUCCAUCACCAUCAUAUUCAAAGCAUAACAGGUCUUUCUCACAGUCAAAUCGCAGUCUUUAUUCAAAUAUGCCCUCUAGAAAUAGCCUCAGUCAAAAUCCAUCGUAUAGCAGAAGUAGAAAUUUAAGCACCUCCAAAUCAAAUUUUCAAACAAAAUAUCUGCCAGAAUUUUGGAGAAGUCAAACCUCAGUGAGUCCAAAUCAAGAAAUGAGAGUGACACAAGAAGAGUUUGAUGCUGUGAGAUAUUUUCCUACCACUCUUGGAGAACCAUCCUAUUCUAUGACCAUUCCUGUUCAGUCUGUGGAAGAACCACAACUCUCUUCUCGGUACAGUUCUACUAGGACCGUCAACAGAAGUUACAGUGGUAAUUCUUCUUAUUUAAACCCAUAUGAUAGAAGCAGGUACAGUGAUAAUGUUGAAAG